AUGGAAGACGACUUUAUCCUAGUUCCAAGACCUGGCGAUCCCGAAUACGCGCCCACAACCACACAAGAAGUCGACUACCUCGACGAUGUGGACGAAUUCAUCCGGGCCCUGGAGCCUUUGCUCUGGCCGCUGAACACCUUUAUCCACGAAAACCCGGAGCUCGCUUACAACGAGUACAAGGCGCACGAUGCCCUGACCAACUUCAUGAGGGCCCGGAAGGGCUGGAAGGUCACGCCAUCUGCUUAUGGCAUGGAGACGGCGUGGACGGCUGAGUAUGACACUGGCAGGCCCGGCCCCGUCAUUGCUUUCAACGCCGAGAUGGAUGCCCUCCCCAGCCUCGGCCACGCCUGCGGCCACAACCUCAUCGCCAUGGUCUCACUGGCAGCAGGUCUGGCCACAGCCCAAACGCUCCACCGGCACAACCUCGCCGGCAAGGUCCUCCUCAUCGGCACGCCGGCCGAAGAAGGCGGCGCCGGCGGCAAGAUACGUUGCCUCCGCGCAGGCGCCUACAAGCACGUCGACGCAGCCUUCAUCUCGCACCCGGGCAUCUUCAACAACAGCGCCCUCGUGCGCACGACGGCCUUUGUGCACCUCAACGCCACGUACCACGGCCGCGCCGCCCACGCCGCCAACAGCCCCUGGCGCGGCAUCAACGCCCUCGACGCCCUCGUCGUCGCCUACGGCGCCGUCUCAGCCCUCCGUCAGCAGACGCGUCCCGACGACGUCAUCGGCCUCCAGAUCACAGACGGCGGCAACCGGCCCAACGUCAUCCACGAGCGCGCCGCCGGCGUCGCCGUCCUCCGCGCCGCGUCCGCCGCUCGCCUCGACGAGCUCCGCGCCAAGGUCGAGGCCUGCUUCCGCGCCGGCGCCGAGGCCACGGGCGCCACCCUCGCCCUCGACGUCGUCCCCGGGUACAGGGACCACGUGCCCAACCGCGUGCUCGCGGCGGCGUACGCGCGCUACUGGGGCGCCAUCACGCCGCCGCCGCCGCCGCCGCACCUGCCGCCGCCGGGCCAGCCCACGUGGGUCAAGGCCAGUACGGACCAGGGCGACGUCAGCUACGCGGUGCCCAGCAUGAACGUCAGCUUUGCCAUUCCACCGGGCGUCGAGGCCGGGCCGCCGCACAGUCGCGACUUUGAGAAGGCGUCCGGCACGCGCGGCGCCUUCGACAGGGCCAUGCGCGUGGCGAGGGCCAUGGCGGGCACGGCGGUCGACGUGUUUGCGACGCCGGGGCUCGUGCGGGAGGUCAGGGAGCAGUGGCGGCGCGACAUGAGGGAGGCGGCGGCGGCGGAUCUUGUCUGA